UGUCGUUCAGCCAAUGGCGAGAUCUGUUGCGCAUCCAGUUCUGGAUCGGAGGCGUCAUAUUCCUCGGGAUGUUUGAAAAGGCGGUGUUUUAUGCGGAGUACCAGUCCAUCAACUCGACGGGCGUGUCGGUGAAGGGGGCGGUGCUGUUCGCGGAGGUAUUGUCGUGUUUUAAGCGAACUCUGGCCCGAAUGCUAGUCAUUAUAGUGUCGUGUGGUUUCGGGAUUGUUAAACCUCGAUUGGGACCGAUAUUACAUCGGGUGGUAUGUGUUGGCGGUCUGUACUUCAUUCUCGGGUCACUGGAAGCCGUACUUCGCAUCUAUAAGCCAAAGAACGAUCCGACGAAUCAGACACUAAUGGCUGGCAUACCGUUGGCUGUAUUGGAUUCAGUGAUCUGU